AUGCCUCGGCUGUAUAAUAUAAAAAAUAAGAAAAGGAUUAGGAUGAUAUUUCCAGCAAAAGAUUUUGAAACAUGUGCUUGUGAAAAUGCCGACUUACCUCCCUGGACUGGUGAACUGCAUGGACUGAGCCAGGCAUUACUUUCAAAGACGCGUAAGAUGAAGGUAUUUUGGUGGUGUGUAAUGGUGGUAUGCAUAACGUGUGGUACAACCACAACCGUAUUAGUUAUUGUUGAGUAUCUACAAGGUCCUACAGCAACAUCAACAACAAUCCGCUUGGUCAAUUCAUUGGAAUUACCCGCAGUAACUAUAUGUCCAAAAGUGCCGGAUGCAUUCAACGCAAUUGGACUUUUGGCUGAUAUUCAGCAUGCUGUACCAGCAUUAGCACGUUCAGAGGCUCUUAAUCUUGUUCGGUUUUGGAUUGGUGGUUAUGGGCUAGAAAAUAUGGAUGCUUUGUCAAAUUUUAAUAGUAGCUAUUUGAACCAGCUUAAUGAAUAUUAUCAAAUUUGGUCACGCGGCUAUGAUAUCGAUGGAUUCUUUCACACGAUGCAGAGUAAAUACGGUUAUCGAUGUAAUGAGUUAUUUCAUUCAUGUUCGCUGGGCGGCAUUACACACGACUGCUGUAAUGAUAUUUUUAAAAGGAAAAUUAUGAUGAGACGUGGAAUUUGUUACACUUUGAGGCGAGGGGUUAAUCAGACAGAAGCAGACGAUAUGGGUCGUCUAGUGUUAAGUAUGAAAGCUCCACCCAGCAUUACAACACAACGUUCAAAUUACGUCCAGGACCAAAUUAUUGUAUAUGUGACGGAUAAUUAUGAUAAAAUACUUGAUUUCCCACGAUUUUACCUUUAUCCAAACCAGUGGAAUAGAAUACGAUUUACAGCAAGAUACCUGGAACUAUUAAAACAGGAGAAAGUCUGUACAAACGAGAUUGCUGGCAAAGAUACAGAAUGUAUCAUACGGCGGUGGUUGUUAACAAAUGUAGUUUAUCCCUACAAUUGCACUCUGUCUUAUUUAAAUAUAUCAAAAAUCCCAAUAUCGAAUGUAAGUAUCGCUAACGAUUAUUACAACGCCAUUCAGUUGGUAUGGACUUCAUCAACUGUUAAAGAAACGUGUAUACCGGGAUGUAAACGAUGGGACAAUCAAAUAUCACUGCAGCAAACAAAAGCUUUGGAACCUUUUAAAAAAUACGCGUUCAAUUUAGAAAUUUCAUUUAACGACUUACAGUAUGAAUACGUCAAGGAAGUUUACACGAUAAGUGUCCCUGGCUUUAUGUCUCAAAUAGGUGGACAAUUCGGUUUUUUUCUUGGGCUUUCAAUUAUAACAUUCAUACAGAUGACACUUUAUGCAGUUCAUUACUGCAUAACAUUAUUCUACAAAAAAACUUCUCGUUAUAUCCGAACAAUAUCAGAAAUUCGUUCUAGAGCAGGUAGAAGAAACUCUGUUAAUUCCGUUGUGCACGGUUACACAAAUGCAUCAAUAGAUCCGUAA